UCUGCCCCUACCAAUAGCAACCUUGGUAUAUGACCAAACGAUCGCCAAAAAUCACCUCAUGUUUACUACCGCGACCUCCCUUUCGCGUGUUCCUUUUUAUUUCCUACUUUUUUAUCAAUAACAACAAACCGAUAGAGUCGAAUUAAUUUUAAUUAGCUUGAAUCAACGAGACAAACUCCGACAAUCUUCGAUCUCUUUUAGCAGUGUAUUCCCACGAAUAUAUCCGCACGCCCUUUGCCGUUCGCCACCGAGCGCGAGACACACGACUCGCGAAUCCGAUUGCGUUCUGUGACUGCUAAGCAAAAAUGGGAUCGUUGACGAGUAGGCAGAAUGCUGGCGUCGAGGAGGUUCAUAUCCCUUCGAACCACGCGUUAUAUAAAUACCCUCCACGAUCCGGAUCCUACUUUGGCAGUCAUUUCAUAAUGGGCGGCGAACGAUUCGAUACGCCCCAGCCGGAGGCGUACCUCUUUGGAGAAAAUGCAGAUUUGAAUUUCCUAGGCAGCCGACCAACUUCUUUUCCGUAUCCUCCGCCACAAGCCAACGACGCUACAAAGACGUUAAAGAGUUUGGUGAACAUACGCAAGGAGUCAUUGAGACUGGUUCGUAACAUGGACCAAACGUCGACGUCCUCGCAUUACCAUGUCAAGCAUUACGGCGACGGCGACAUCGACAAGAAGCCCAAUCGCUUUAACAUUGAAUUUGUGUUCGACUGCGACGUGAGAUGCGCGAUAACGAUUUAUUACUUUUGUACGGAGGAGUUUUCGACGAAGGAAGUCGGAUACGUAUCGCGGGAUUCGUCAAUGAACUCCGAAACAUAUCAUUAUAAGAAAGGAGCGAACCAAUUAUUCUCGCAGACGUCACACAUAUUUGAUCCAUCGUUGUAUACCGAGGAGGAUCUGCUGUACAAUCCAGAUAAACAAAUUAUCCCAAUAGCUAUACAGUGUGUAGCGGAGGAAGGAUCGGACGAAAUAAAACAAUCUCAUACAACUAUAGCUGUGGUAGAGAAACAUUCUGAUGGAACCUAUGUGUUAAAAGCGCUUAAACAGAAGCUGUACGUGGACGGCCUCUACUACUUGGUGCAGGAGAUAUAUGGAAUUGAGAACAAGAAUACCGAAAACGCAAAGCAACAAGGCAGCGACGAGGACACCGAGGACAACGGCUCCGAGUGCGUUAUUUGCAUGAGCGAGGUACGCGACACGUUGAUCUUGCCGUGCAGGCACUUGUGCCUGUGCAACUCCUGCGCCGACUCGUUGCGAUAUCAAGCGAACAAUUGUCCGAUAUGUCGCGCGCCAUUCAGGGCGCUCUUGCAAAUUAAAGCUCUUCAGAAAGCUACUGGGACAAUUAUAUCCAAUCCACCGUUGCCAGAGGAAAGCUGCGAGAAUAUCCCGCCGGGCUACGAGGCGGUGUCUCUGAUAGAAGCCUUAAAUGGACCUUACACUCCGCGAACUGCCAUUAUCGCGCCGGAAUCGCCGGAUACUCCCGAUACAGAUACGGCAAGUGCCAUUCAAGCCGCGGAAACUUUAAAUCGCUCGGCCGAACGUACCCCGAUCUCGAAACACACAUCCGCUAAAGAAACUGACAUACCGGCCAGAUCUAGCAGUACCACUUGCCCAACUCCAGAAUUUCGUAUGUCCGUGUUGUUAGCCAGAGACGAGCACUCGGGUUCGCAAAAAGAGCUGCAUAACAGGUCCCCGGCUAUGCGUACCAAAUCGGUACAUUCGCGCGAUAAAUCUGGCUUAAGGACGCGCGACACCUUGAGAUUAGUCAACGAGAAACAACCAGCUUCUUUAUACGAGGGACAAGGCCAGGACGAAGACAGCGAAGCAGAAAAGUUGUCGCCGUUACUAGACGCAGCGACGAGUACCGAAGCUUUGGACGUGCAUUCCCGCAGAAUAUGUGACAUUGACAUGGACGACGAGAUUCAAACUACAGGGAACGAAAAUGACGUAGACGUUACCUGUCAUUCGCACUAGAAAGCGGUCUUAAUAUAUCUUUGUACUGUGUUCCGUCUUAUUUCAUUAGGUAUCGUUUACAAAAUAUUUUAUUUUGUACUGAAUUUCUCUGACGAGUUUAAUGCGGGUGCUUUCCAUUUACGUGACGAGGGAGAGAAAGUGAAGGAGAACGACGGACUGACACAGUGGAAGAGAUGUUAGCUCAAAACAAUGGGCGUAAUGGAGUGCAAUAAAUGAAAGUCAUAAUUUGUGUGAAUAGAAAUGUAGAGAUUAUAUGAUUAUAUUGUAGAUAUACAUAUGUAUAGUCGUAGUCAGAAAGUUGUCCAAUGUUUUAUGAUAAAUUUCGGAAGUACAGUCUGUCAUACGAGAGAUUAUAAGCCUUUGCUCAUGAAUGUGUGCAGCGACGCUUUAUUGGAGCAAAGGAAUGAUAUAUAUAUCUGUGCAAUGAUACACACGAAUAUUCCGAAAACUUAUUGUAAAACGUCGGACGACCUUUCUGACCAUGACCGUACACGCGUGCGCGCAACUACACUACAGUAUAUAUAUAGUAUUUAUUUUUAUAAAACAAAACAUUUGUGUAUACUUUAACGGAUAGGAGUUAUUAAGUUUAGGAGAUUCCUCUUAUUUCUCAAUCUAUUAUAGAGCUCGCUCGAGUCUUGUGAAAACAGAAGAGUUGAAUUGCGUCGCUAAAUGGAAAGCCCCUGAUAGCAUAGAAUGUUUUAUUCUGCAAAAUAACUAAUAUAAACAAGAUACAAUUGCAUCUCUUGCGAAUCUUUAUACCUAUUAGAAUCUCGAAUAAGACGCGUAUGUACAAUUUGUCAAAUUGUAGACUGGGACAGUACUUUGUAAGAGAGGAAACGUUAUGUGUCACAUUUUUUUUAGAACAGUAAGAUGUAAUUAUCAAAUUCGUUUACAUGCUAAUUGACAUUAGAUAAUAAAGUGCUUCCAUUUGGCGUUUA